AGGCUGGCCCCUUCUUCAACAGCAGCAACAGUUGAGUAAGAGAGCGAGAAGCAUCUUGUUGUGCAUUAGUUAGAACCAAACUAUGUCGACACCUUGUGGGAAGGCAUUCCUGUACUUCUACAACCUUGUUUAUCUUGGCUUUGCUGCUUUGCUUGUCUACCUUGCAGUUUUCUUCGUAAAAAACUGGAGCAGCUACACAAGAGUGGCUGUUGAUUUGUAUGCAAUUGUCCCAGCAGCAAUUAUUCUUGGAUUAUCCAUUAUAUUUUUUGUUGCUGCCAUCAUUGGUCUUUAUGGAACAGGAAGAAGUAACAGAUGCUGCCUUGGAGUGUUCUUCACAUUUCUCCUCAUGAUUAUUAUUCUUGAAAUAUUGGCAGGAUGUCUUGGUUACAGUUACCGAAACAGGAUUUCAAACAGUGUAAAACAAGAUCUUACCAAUUCAUUGCAUAAAUAUCCCCUAAAAGAUGAAACAUUCAUCAGAGAUGCUUUCAAUAAAAUGCAGUCAGAGUUACAUUGUUGUGGUGUAAUGGGUCCCAAUGACUGGAAGAAUGUGACUGCGACUGGAGAGAUUCCAAAAUCAUGCUGCCGCCAUCCGAAUUCCGAAUGCGGUUACAUAUUCAUUGCAAAUGUCUACCAAGAGGGAUGCUUUAAGAAAUUAUCAGAUUACGUCAAAGGCAGUUUGAAUGCAAUUGUCGGUGUUGGAAUUGGAUUUGCCAUAUUCCAGGCUAUUGGUAUGAUCGCAACCUGUUACCUGAUAUUUACGCUUGGAAAAGCUGGCUACACGAGAAUCGCAGAGCCGCAACGAGUAUAACUGAAGGAAUUCUCGUGGAUUGGCACUAAAUUAUGCAAAAUCUUGACAUUGUUGUUAACAGAUACGAGGGAGCUGAAUAAGUAGGUUAGUCACUUGCUGGGCUAGAUUCUUUUCAGUGUUUAUUUCGAUGCCUCUCUUACAUUUUCAUUGCUAUUUAUGCAAUAUAUUUAAUGUAAUUUUUUGAAAUGACACUAUUAUUUCCAUCGCUGUGACAUAUAAUUUUACAAAGACCUAAGAUUAACCCCAACGACCGCAUCUGAACCAGUGACUCAUUUGUAGUCUAACUGUUCACCUUUCCAAAUUUGCAUACUUUUUUGCUUAGCUACCGCUGCUCUUUGACGCGAUAAACGUUAUUGGAUAAAGGCUUAAAAAGGAAAUGAAAUGAUUGCGGUGCAUCAAGUUCCACCCAGCUCUCGUUAUGACGUACCUACUUUCUCUGUCUCUGCCAUUUUCCUCCAUGCUAAUUUGCUUGCAAAACAGAAGAAAAUUUAUCUUGGCAAUAAGAGGGUACUUGUAUUUCCUGUUGAUAAAGUUGACCAAUAGACAGCUGAGAAUCAUUCAAGGAAGAAUUUACAUAAGUGCAGAAACUUUCACAGCUUUAGCGUCUUAGUCCCAGAAAUUGUUUGAUUUCUUCACUGUGUGGUACGGAUUUUGCCAGUGCGGUUACGUAGCAUAAAACACGUUUCCGUUACGUGAAGGCCAUUCUCUCUCAUUUGUAAAAAGCGAAUUAUUCAGUUAUAGCUAUAGUCCAAUUGAAAAAAGAGGGGUUGAUAAAAAAUUUAUUUAUUGUUUUGGAUAUUAUUAGCAGAUCAAUAAAGCUCAUUCAUUUUAGUUGUUUUUUUAAGUAAAUGUAUUUGUGUGUUGUUUUUCCACACUCGUGUAUCGAUUGCAUUCUUUACAUGAAACGA